GCUGCUGUGGUGGUGCGGGGGGGGGCGUAAAAAAAGUCAGGCUACAUCGGAGGCGGGCAGUCUACAGGAGCGCUUCAGUCCGCCCUCCCAGAUGCAACAAGCAUGGGGGGCAUCUGAAGCCACGCCGAGCGGAUCACGGCGGCCCGAGGCGUGGACAGCGUCUGCGCCCACUUUCGCCUCACUUUUGCCGGAUUUACGCCGAGCGACAUGCCGUUCUUUAAGCGGCUGGUGGAGCCCCGGUCCCUCUGCCGCGUCGAGAGGGGCGAGGAGCGGGAGGAGGGCGACGCGGACGGCAACGGGGGCUCGCCCUUCCACGACCUGCUGUCCGUCACCCAUGUGGCGCUGGCUCGGACUCUCCGCCAGCUGUCCGACCUGGCCAAGCACGCCUGCUCGGUGUUCCACGAGCUGGAGGGCGACCUGGCCGCCACCGGCCACAGGCUCCGCGGGCUGCAGCGGAAGGUCGGGCGGCUCCAGGAGACUUGCUGCGAGAUGGACCCCAAACAGGAGGCAGUCCCUGUGUCGGACCUGGACGUGGAGAGCAAGUUGACGUGGCACUACCGGGCUCCCUGGCACAAGCAGAGGAACAUCCUGCGCCCGGCGACCCGGCCGCCAUGCCUGCAGGAGAUGCACAAGGAUGCCAGCCUCUGGCAUCUGCGUGCAGACGGUCAGAGGCGGCGCUCGUCCAGCAGGGAGCGUCGAGUGACCAUCUCCAUCUCGGCGCUGCCGCCCAUGCCCAUGUACCCAUCAACUCCCGGCACUCCAAAGAAAGCCCGGAAGGGGGUGCGCUUGACGGCGUUCCCCAGCUCCCGUCCGCCUUCCCCCACCGAAUGUUGCCACUUCUCCCCCUGGAACAGAAAGGCGACGUCCUCUGACCCCAACUCGGUGGCUUUGGCGUCACCCGGUCAGCGCUCCAAACUGCUCCCCGUCCCCAACACGCCGAGCACCUUGGACAAGCAGACCAACUGGUCCCGAGCGCUGCCGCUGCCCACGCCCGAGGAGAGGAUGAAGUGCCACUCGCGAGUGGUCGCCUCCUCCGUCAUCCCCAUUAACGUGACGGGCGUGGGCUUCGACAGAGACGCCAGUGUGCGCUGCUCGCUGGUCCUCUCGCAGUCGCUGCUGCAGCGCAGGAGGAAGCUGAGGCGGCGCAGGACGGUGGCCGGCGUCCCCAGGCAACUUCAGGACUUCGCCGCAGACUCGGACGAGUCGCCCGGCUCCCGCGAACGCAGCGUCAUCGUCCACGCCAGCUUGGACAACGGCGACCUGGUCGGCCAUCUGCUUACCAGAGACUCGGGUUGCCAGACCGAUGACUUCUUGAUCUUGGGGGCGCCUUCCAGCAGGAGAAUCCGCGCCCAGCGCGGCCACCAGGGGGCGGCGCUGUGCCUCUCCCAGUCGGCGGGCGACAUCGCCGCCCUGCGGGAGGGCCGCGGCGACGCGUCGGACGGCCGGCUGCGGACGCGCAGUCUCCCCCGAGACGGCGGCCGGGCCAGGACGGCCGACGAGGAGGAUGAGGCGGAGCUUUCCGCUUUCAACGGCGAGGAGGGGCGUCUCCUGAAGGACGAGGAGGAAAGCGCGGAGGAGCGCGCCGGCUCGGAGCGGCUGUCGAGGACGCCCGAGAGGGGCUGGGCGGAGCGGGCGCGCUCGCAGCUGCCCCGCAUGGCCGACAUGGGCAGCUGCGACAUGUCGUCCAGCUCGGACACGUUCGGCAGCCCCGUGCACUCCGUGUCGGCCGCCGGCGUUUUGGGGGGUCCCGCGGACCACAAAGACGAGCACCAGUCCUCCAGCGGCAACUGGAGCGGCAGCAGCUCCACGUGCCCCUCGCAGACCUCGGAGACCGUCGCCCCGGGGACGUCUCCGCUGGCCCGCUGCGACUCCGAGCUCUCGCUGAACGCCGCCGCCGCCGACCACGCCGGCGGCUUCACGCUGGAUCCCUUCAGCGGGCUCAGAACGCAGAGGGCGGGCUCCUUCUCCUCCGCCGCGAUGGACAUCCUGGAGGAAGCGGGCGCUCCCGGGGAGGGCGAGUGGAACUAUCCGCACCCGGAUCCCGGCCGUCGGACUCGGGACUUCAGCCCCGAGCCCGGCAGGGAGGCCGAGAGCAGCCUGGGCUGCCCGAGUUUCGCCAGCAUGGCCACGUGCGAAAGCAGCUUCUCCGACAAGCCGCCCUCGGAGAAAGCCGACACGGCGUCGCACUACUCGGAGGACACGGAAGGUUACUACACCUCCAUGCACUUUGACUGCGGGCUGAAAGGCAGCAGGAGCUUCACGUCCAUCUACCCGGACCACGUGACUCUGGAGCGACGCUGCCUGUCCUUGAGGAAACCCAAGGCCAAACCUCGCCCGCCCAGGCGCAGCUCGUCCCUGCGGACGAUCCACGACGAAGGGGGCGUCUCGGUUCUCGCGGAAGCAAAGUCGCCGCUUCCCAAGGAGAAAAACCUGCAGCUGCUCCUGUCCGACUCGUCGGGUCGCAUCGCCAAAGAGCCGCCGCCCGUUGUCUGGGGGGCGGAGGGAUCUUUCGACGGCCCCGAUUUGGGCGUCUUCAGCUCCGCCGACGCGCAUUCCUUCAAGGACGAGGGCGCGGUCCAGGCGGACUACGCGGACCUGUGGCUCCUGAACGACUUGAAAUCCGGCGACCCUUACCGCUCUUUGUCCAACUCCAGCACGGCCACCGGCACCACGGUGGUGGAGUGCGUCAAGUCGCAGGACGGCUCCGAGUCGCAGGCGUCCCAGUCGGGCUCCGGGGCCACCACGCCGUCGCUGACGCCCGCCGAGGGCGACUUCAAGCUGGCGGGCCUGGCCAGCCCCUCCAGCGGCUACUCCAGCCAGUCCGAGACCCCGACUUCCGUCUUCCCCGCCGCCGCCUUCUUCCCCGGCCCGCUGUCGCCGUCCAGCGCGAAGCGGAAACCCAAAGUACCGGAAAGGAAGUCGUCACUGGCCUGCAAGCGGGACCCGGAGUUGCCCGCCGUCCCCUCGUCCCACCCGGACUUAAGUGCCUUUCACUGCGUCGGCGACGAGCGGGCGCCGAUCCAAAAUCAUCAGCGAAAAGCCGAUUGGGCCAAAGCUGAGACAGCGAACGGACCUUCCCUGAGCAUCACCCCCGCCGCUCUGCACGCCGUCCAGCUGCGAUCCAUCCCCAAGGAACUCGACCCCGCCCCUCACCGCGACGACUAUUCCGCCGUCAACUCCGACCGUGUCGUUGACACCCGAGCUUCGUCGGAACUUACGAGGCAAGACUCGGAUAAUCUCCGGCUGCCGGUCUCCUCCCACGAGGAGCUCGUCAACGGCGAGACCACCCCCUAGCCGUCGCCGCCGCCGCCGCCGCCGCCGCCGCCGCCAGAUGAAGAGGCGGAGGAAGACGCAGAAUCUUCUCUCCCGCCACCUGACCGAGAUCGCUGUCCCUCAACGCCAAGUCCACCUCCCGGUUUGGAUCAAACGCCCGCCGCCAGUCCGGGAAGCCAUGAAGGAAACCAAGACGCGGAGUCAGCGGGAGAUCCGGCAGGAAACGAGGAAGGCGAAUCCACCGCCGAGGAGAACCUGAGCAAAGACUUGGUGGCAGCGAGCGACGAAUCGCAUGCGGAGGACGACGGCAUCUUCCUGUCGCCCACCAAAAGUCGAACCACCGACGACCUGUUCGCCGUCAUCCACAGGUCAAAGAGGAAAGUGUUGGGCAGGAAGAACUCCGGUGAGCUGUCUGUUCGGAACGGCCCGUCGUCCAUUAACGGCACGCCGCCGCCCCCCGGUGGCGGCGCUGCCCCCUUCUCCCCGUGUCCUGCCUCUGCGUCGCCCUCGUCGGCGCCCUCGGGCCCUCAAAGGACCCCCGGCCCCAUCUACAGGAACGCCAAGAAGUCCAGCACCUCCAAUGAGGAGUUCAAGCUGCUCCUGCUCAAGAAGGGCAGCCGCUCCGAGUCCAGCUACCGCAUGUCGGCCACCGAAAUACUUAAGAGCCCCGUGACCCCCAAAGGUUCCGCGGCGGGAGAGGACGAGGCGGCGGUGGAAACGGCCGAAGCGGCGGUGGCGGCCAGGUCGCCCGACGCCGAGGGCUUCCUUUUGCCCAAACCCUGGACGUCGCCCCAAUCCAGGCUGGGCCGCGCCAGGGUCCCGCCUCCCGCCAACAGCAGCCGCUAUGCCGCGCGCGCGCGCUUCUUCUCGGCGCCCAUGCAGGCCAUCUCCGAGGGCGAGGCCGAGAAUUCCGACGGGAGCCCCCACGACGACGAACCGGUCACGCCGCGCCCACGAUUUGCCUGACAAAAAACAGUCUUCGUCUUCCCUCACUGUACGUAACACAUCAGUGUCAGAUAUU